GAAUGCCGCCGUGGUCCUGGCCCUUGCCGGAACGGAUGGAGUCCUGUCCAUUUGGAUCUCCAGCCUCCCUGUGCCGAUUCUGGUGUGGAAGGAUUUGGUCGAUGAGAAUUGCUUCAUCACCGACCUUUCUUGGACACCCGAUGGGUCCGUCCUGUGCUUCUCCUCCAGCGGCGGGGGAGUCGGCUUGCUUCUCCUUGCGUUUGACCAGCUGCCGCUGCCGGAGGGCACGUGGUCCUUGGACGAGCUUCGUUUGUGGCGUUGCCGUCAGUAUGUGCAGGUCGUUCAACCCAGCGCUGACCUGCCGAAGGAC